UCCGUUAUAUCAUCACUCACCCACCACAAGCCGAAGCCAAAAUUCAGUUUAGUUUUGCGCUUUGUUGAUUUUCGUGAUCGUCGAGAAAAAAGAUGGGAAGGAAAUUCUUCGUCGGAGGAAACUGGAAAUGCAAUGGAACCACUGAAGAAGUGAAGAAGAUAGUAAGCAUUUUAAACGGAAGAGAGGUGCCUUCUCAGGAUGUUGUUGAGGUUGUGAUUAGCCCUCCGUUUGUGUUCCUUCCUUUGGUAAAAAGUUCACUGAGGCCUGAUUUCCAUGUUGCUGCUCAAAAUUGUUGGGUCAAGAAAGGAGGUGCUUUCACCGGUGAGGUUAGUGCGGAGAUGCUUGUCAAUUUGAACAUUCCUUGGGUCAUCAUUGGUCACUCUGAGAGGAGACUUAUUUUGAAGGAGUCAAAUGAGUUCAUUGGGGAUAAGGUUGCUUAUGCACUUUCUCAAGGCUUGAAGGUGAUAGCUUGUAUUGGGGAGACACUUGAGCAACGUGAAGCGGGAUCUACUAUGGAGGUUGUUGCUGCACAAACUAAAGCGAUUGCAGCAAAAGUAUCAAAUUGGGUGGAUGUCGUUUUGGCCUAUGAGCCUGUGUGGGCUAUUGGAACUGGGAAGGUUGCUACUCCAGCUCAAGCUCAGGAAGUACAUUCUGAGUUGAGGAAAUGGCUGCAAGCAAAUGUCAGUCCUGAAGUUGCUGCCUCAACCCGGAUUAUUUAUGGAGGGUCUGUCACUGCUGCAAACUGCAAGGAACUAGCAGCUCAGCCAGAUGUUGACGGUUUCCUGGUUGGUGGAGCCUCACUGAAGCCGGAGUUCAUUGAUAUUAUCAAGUCUGCCGAGGUGAAGAAGAAUACAUAAGUUUAUAAAGUGUGAGAGCUGUUGUUGGAGAGGUAUAGAGUCUGUUCCAUAUGAGUUAUAAAGUGCACUACUUUAUAAUUCAAGCUUUUAUUCCUACUAUCAGCACCUCAAACUGGAUUUUAUGUACCAAUAAAUUUUACUAUUUCCUUAUUAAUGCAUUUUUCAUGGAGUAUGUUUAUUUUGUUUCUUUGUUUGCAUUUAUUCAUCAAUCAACUUGGCAAUUCAUGUAUCCGUAUCUUAUUUAAAUUGUGCUAAA